GCAGACUUUUCGAAAUGUUCCACAAAAACGUUGCAGCCGCGAAACGGAAAAUACGAAAAUUCUACAUUCUGUGAUUAAUUGGAUUAAUUAACAAAGAUGUCCGUUGUUCCUCUAAUGUUCCGUGAUUGGUGGGAUGAGAUUGACUUUCCAAUGCGCACAUCGCGCCUAUUGGAUCAACACUUUGGCCAGGGUCUGAAACGGGAUGAUCUUUUGUCCUCCGUUUGGAACUCUCGCCCCACUGUGCUGCGCUCGGGCUAUCUGCGUCCGUGGCAGCGCUCUGUGAACAGUUUGCAGCGACAGGAAUCGGGCUCCACUCUGAACAUCGACAACGAGAAGUUCGAAGUGAUUCUCGAUGUGCAGCAGUUCUCGCCGAAUGAGAUUACAGUGAAAGUAUCCGAUAAAUUUGUCAUAGUCGAGGGCAAGCACGAGGAGAAACAGGACGAGCAUGGCUUCGUAGCCAGACAGUUCUCCAGACGUUAUCAGCUGCCAGCUGAUGUCAAUCCAGACACUGUCACCUCAUCCCUGUCCUCAGAUGGCCUGCUGACCAUUACGGCGCCCAUGAAGAAAUUGCCCCCGCCCACCACGGAGCGCCUAGUGCAAAUCACACAGACUGGACCCUCCUCCAAGGAGGAUAACGCCAAGAAGGUCGAAACCACAACGCAAUAAGCAACCAUUAUUUAUUAAAA